AUGGCUUGGGUGCAUGGGUUGGAGUCACAGAGGGCAUGCAUGGUUGCAGAAUUGCUGGCAGCUAUCAGCGUGGGUGCUAUCAGCGUGGGUGCUAUCAGCGUGGGUGCUAUCAGCGUGGGUGCUAUCAGCGUGGGUGCUAUCAGCGUGGGUGCUAUCAGCGUGGGUGCUAUCAGCGUGGGUGCUAUCAGCGUGGGUGCUAUCAGCGUGGGUGCUAUCAGCGUGGGUGCUAUCAGCGUGGGUGCUAUCAGCGUGGGUGCUAUCAGCGUGGGUGCUAUCAGCGUGGGUGCUAUCAGCGUGGGUGCUAUCAGCGUGGGUGCUAUCAGCGUGGGUGCUAUCAGCGUGGGUGCUAUCAGCGUGGGUGCUAUCAGCGUGGGUGCUAUCAGCGUGGGUGCUAUCAGCGUGGGUGCUAUCAGCGUGGGUGCUAUCAGCGUGGGUGCUAUCAGCGUGGGUGCUAUCAGCGUGGGUGCUAUCAGCGUGGGUGCUAUCAGCGUGGGUGCUAUCAGCGUGGGUGCUAUCAGCGUGGGUGCUAUCAGCGUGGGUGCUAUCAGCGUGGGUGCUAUCAGCGUGGGUGCUAUCAGCGUGGGUGCUAUCAGCGUGGGUGCUAUCAGCGUGGGUGCUAUCAGCGUGGGUGCUAUCAGCGUGGGUGCUAUCAGCGUGGGUGCUAUCAGCGUGGGUGCUAUCAGCGUGGGUGCUAUCAGCGUGGGUGCUAUCAGCGUGGGUGCUAUCGGCGUGGGUGCUAUCGGCGUGGGUGCUAUCGGCGUGGGUGCUAUCGGCGUGGGUGCUAUCGGCGUGGGUGCUAUCGGCGUGGGUGCUAUCGGCGUGGGUGCUAUCGGCGUGGGUGCUAUCGGCGUGGGUGCUAUCGGCGUGGGUGCUAUCGGCGUGGGUGCUAUCGGCGUGGGUGCUAUCGGCGUGGGUGCUAUCGGCGUGGGUGCUAUCGGCGUGGGUGCUAUCGGCGUGGGUGCUAUCGGCGUGGGUGCUAUCGGCGUGGGUGCUAUCGGCGUGGGUGCUAUCGGCGUGGGUGCUAUCGGCGUGGGUGCUAUCGGCGUGGGUGCUAUCGGCGUGGGUGCUAUCGGCGUGGGUGCUAUCGGCGUGGGUGCUAUCGGCGUGGGUGCUAUCGGCGUGGGUGCUAUCGGCGUGGGUGCUAUCGGCGUGGGUGCUAUCGGCGUGGGUGCUAUCGGCGUGGGUGCUAUCGGCGUGGGUGCUAUCGGCGUGGGUGCUAUCGGCGUGGGUGCUAUCGGCGUGGGUGCUAUCGGCGUGGGUGCUAUCGGCGUGGGUGCUAUCGGCGUGGGUGCUAUCGGCGUGGGUGCUAUCGGCGUGGGUGCUAUCGGCGUGGGUGCUAUCGGCGUGGGUGCUAUCGGCGUGGGUGCUAUCGGCGUGGGUGCUAUCGGCGUGGGUGCUAUCGGCGUGGGUGCUAUCGGCGUGGGUGCUAUCGGCGUGGGUGCUAUCGGCGUGGGUGCUAUCGGCGUGGGUGCUAUCGGCGUGGGUGCUAUCGGCGUGGGUGCUAUCGGCGUGGGUGCUAUCGGCGUGGGUGCUAUCGGCGUGGGUGCUAUCGGCGUGGGUGCUAUCGGCGUGGGUGCUAUCGGCGUGGGUGCUAUCGGCGUGGGUGCUAUCGGCGUGGGUGCUAUCGGCGUGGGUGCUAUCGGCGUGGGUGCUAUCGGCGUGGGUGCUAUCGGCGUGGGUGCUAUCGGCGUGGGUGCUAUCGGCGUGGGUGCUAUCGGCGUGGGUGCUAUCGGCGUGGGUGCUAUCGGCGUGGGUGCUAUCGGCGUGGGUGCUAUCGGCGUGGGUGCUAUCGGCGUGGGUGCUAUCGGCGUGGGUGCUAUCGGCGUGGGUGCUAUCGGCGUGGGUGCUAUCGGCGUGGGUGCUAUCGGCGUGGGUGCUAUCGGCGUGGGUGCUAUCGGCGUGGGUGCUAUCGGCGUGGGUGCUAUCGGCGUGGGUGCUAUCGGCGUGGGUGCUAUCGGCGUGGGUGCUAUCGGCGUGGGUGCUAUCGGCGUGGGUGCUAUCGGCGUGGGUGCUAUCGGCGUGGGUGCUAUCGGCGUGGGUGCUAUCGGCGUGGGUGCUAUCGGCGUGGGUGCUAUCGGCGUGGGUGCUAUCGGCGUGGGUGCUAUCGGCGUGGGUGCUAUCGGCGUGGGUGCUAUCGGCGUGGGUGCUAUCGGCGUGGGUGCUAUCGGCGUGGGUGCUAUCGGCGUGGGUGCUAUCGGCGUGGGUGCUAUCGGCGUGGGUGCUAUCGGCGUGGGUGCUAUCGGCGUGGGUGCUAUCGGCGUGGGUGCUAUCGGCGUGGGUGCUAUCGGCGUGGGUGCUAUCGGCGUGGGUGCUAUCGGCGUGGGUGCUAUCGGCGUGGGUGCUAUCGGCGUGGGUGCUAUCGGCGUGGGUGCUAUCGGCGUGGGUGCUAUCGGCGUGGGUGCUAUCGGCGUGGGUGCUAUCGGCGUGGGUGCUAUCGGCGUGGGUGCUAUCGGCGUGGGUGCUAUCGGCGUGGGUGCUAUCGGCGUGGGUGCUAUCGGCGUGGGUGCUAUCGGCGUGGGUGCUAUCGGCGUGGGUGCUAUCGGCGUGGGUGCUAUCGGCGUGGGUGCUAUCGGCGUGGGUGCUAUCGGCGUGGGUGCUAUCGGCGUGGGUGCUAUCGGCGUGGGUGCUAUCGGCGUGGGUGCUAUCGGCGUGGGUGCUAUCGGCGUGGGUGCUAUCGGCGUGGGUGCUAUCGGCGUGGGUGCUAUCGGCGUGGGUGCUAUCGGCGUGGGUGCUAUCGGCGUGGGUGCUAUCGGCGUGGGUGCUAUCGGCGUGGGUGCUAUCGGCGUGGGUGCUAUCGGCGUGGGUGCUAUCGGCGUGGGUGCUAUCGGCGUGGGUGCUAUCGGCGUGGGUGCUAUCGGCGUGGGUGCUAUCGGCGUGGGUGCUAUCGGCGUGGGUGCUAUCGGCGUGGGUGCUAUCGGCGUGGGUGCUAUCGGCGUGGGUGCUAUCGGCGUGGGUGCUAUCGGCGUGGGUGCUAUCGGCGUGGGUGCUAUCGGCGUGGGUGCUAUCGGCGUGGGUGCUAUCGGCGUGGGUGCUAUCGGCGUGGGUGCUAUCGGCGUGGGUGCUAUCGGCGUGGGUGCUAUCGGCGUGGGUGCUAUCGGCGUGGGUGCUAUCGGCGUGGGUGCUAUCGGCGUGGGUGCUAUCGGCGUGGGUGCUAUCGGCGUGGGUGCUAUCGGCGUGGGUGCUAUCGGCGUGGGUGCUAUCGGCGUGGGUGCUAUCGGCGUGGGUGCUAUCGGCGUGGGUGCUAUCGGCGUGGGUGCUAUCGGCGUGGGUGCUAUCGGCGUGGGUGCUAUCGGCGUGGGUGCUAUCGGCGUGGGUGCUAUCGGCGUGGGUGCUAUCGGCGUGGGUGCUAUCGGCGUGGGUGCUAUCGGCGUGGGUGCUAUCGGCGUGGGUGCUAUCGGCGUGGGUGCUAUCGGCGUGGGUGCUAUCGGCGUGGGUGCUAUCGGCGUGGGUGCUAUCGGCGUGGGUGCUAUCGGCGUGGGUGCUAUCGGCGUGGGUGCUAUCGGCGUGGGUGCUAUCGGCGUGGGUGCUAUCGGCGUGGGUGCUAUCGGCGUGGGUGCUAUCGGCGUGGGUGCUAUCGGCGUGGGUGCUAUCGGCGUGGGUGCUAUCGGCGUGGGUGCUAUCGGCGUGGGUGCUAUCGGCGUGGGUGCUAUCGGCGUGGGUGCUAUCGGCGUGGGUGCUAUCGGCGUGGGUGCUAUCGGCGUGGGUGCUAUCGGCGUGGGUGCUAUCGGCGUGGGUGCUAUCGGCGUGGGUGCUAUCGGCGUGGGUGCUAUCGGCGUGGGUGCUAUCGGCGUGGGUGCUAUCGGCGUGGGUGCUAUCGGCGUGGGUGCUAUCGGCGUGGGUGCUAUCGGCGUGGGUGCUAUCGGCGUGGGUGCUAUCGGCGUGGGUGCUAUCGGCGUGGGUGCUAUCGGCGUGGGUGCUAUCGGCGUGGGUGCUAUCGGCGUGGGUGCUAUCGGCGUGGGUGCUAUCGGCGUGGGUGCUAUCGGCGUGGGUGCUAUCGGCGUGGGUGCUAUCGGCGUGGGUGCUAUCGGCGUGGGUGCUAUCGGCGUGGGUGCUAUCGGCGUGGGUGCUAUCGGCGUGGGUGCUAUCGGCGUGGGUGCUAUCGGCGUGGGUGCUAUCGGCGUGGGUGCUAUCGGCGUGGGUGCUAUCGGCGUGGGUGCUAUCGGCGUGGGUGCUAUCGGCGUGGGUGCUAUCGGCGUGGGUGCUAUCGGCGUGGGUGCUAUCGGCGUGGGUGCUAUCGGCGUGGGUGCUAUCGGCGUGGGUGCUAUCGGCGUGGGUGCUAUCGGCGUGGGUGCUAUCGGCGUGGGUGCUAUCGGCGUGGGUGCUAUCGGCGUGGGUGCUAUCGGCGUGGGUGCUAUCGGCGUGGGUGCUAUCGGCGUGGGUGCUAUCGGCGUGGGUGCUAUCGGCGUGGGUGCUAUCGGCGUGGGUGCUAUCGGCGUGGGUGCUAUCGGCGUGGGUGCUAUCGGCGUGGGUGCUAUCGGCGUGGGUGCUAUCGGCGUGGGUGCUAUCGGCGUGGGUGCUAUCGGCGUGGGUGCUAUCGGCGUGGGUGCUAUCGGCGUGGGUGCUAUCGGCGUGGGUGCUAUCGGCGUGGGUGCUAUCGGCGUGGGUGCUAUCGGCGUGGGUGCUAUCGGCGUGGGUGCUAUCGGCGUGGGUGCUAUCGGCGUGGGUGCUAUCGGCGUGGGUGCUAUCGGCGUGGGUGCUAUCGGCGUGGGUGCUAUCGGCGUGGGUGCUAUCGGCGUGGGUGCUAUCGGCGUGGGUGCUAUCGGCGUGGGUGCUAUCGGCGUGGGUGCUAUCGGCGUGGGUGCUAUCGGCGUGGGUGCUAUCGGCGUGGGUGCUAUCGGCGUGGGUGCUAUCGGCGUGGGUGCUAUCGGCGUGGGUGCUAUCGGCGUGGGUGCUAUCGGCGUGGGUGCUAUCGGCGUGGGUGCUAUCGGCGUGGGUGCUAUCGGCGUGGGUGCUAUCGGCGUGGGUGCUAUCGGCGUGGGUGCUAUCGGCGUGGGUGCUAUCGGCGUGGGUGCUAUCGGCGUGGGUGCUAUCGGCGUGGGUGCUAUCGGCGUGGGUGCUAUCGGCGUGGGUGCUAUCGGCGUGGGUGCUAUCGGCGUGGGUGCUAUCGGCGUGGGUGCUAUCGGCGUGGGUGCUAUCGGCGUGGGUGCUAUCGGCGUGGGUGCUAUCGGCGUGGGUGCUAUCGGCGUGGGUGCUAUCGGCGUGGGUGCUAUCGGCGUGGGUGCUAUCGGCGUGGGUGCUAUCGGCGUGGGUGCUAUCGGCGUGGGUGCUAUCGGCGUGGGUGCUAUCGGCGUGGGUGCUAUCGGCGUGGGUGCUAUCGGCGUGGGUGCUAUCGGCGUGGGUGCUAUCGGCGUGGGUGCUAUCGGCGUGGGUGCUAUCGGCGUGGGUGCUAUCGGCGUGGGUGCUAUCGGCGUGGGUGCUAUCGGCGUGGGUGCUAUCGGCGUGGGUGCUAUCGGCGUGGGUGCUAUCGGCGUGGGUGCUAUCGGCGUGGGUGCUAUCGGCGUGGGUGCUAUCGCGUGGGUGCUAUCGCGUGGGUGCUAG